GGCCAAGUGUCACCUCUCUCCAUCCUCAAAUCUCUUAGAAUUAUCAUUGGCCAGAGUGUAACUGCAAGACUCCCUUUUUGUUCUUUAAUUCAAUUCUAUUUUCAAUCGUUUUGUCUCUUCUUCUUCUUGGUGUGUGUGCAUAUAUAAAUAGACAUUGCUAAGAGCUAUAACAUGUACCCCAAAUUCAUAUUACAAAGUCAAUAAUUAUGGAAAGCCGAAGGUCCUACGCCUUCAUCGUUCUAUCAAUGCUUCUUCUUCUUCUCCCCCCACCUCUCCUUUCUGCUCAACUUACCCAAAACUUCUACAGUAAAACAUGUCCUAGUGUUGAAUCAAUAGUUCGUUCUGCUGUCCAAAAGAAGUUCCAACAAACCUUUGUUACUGCUCCGGCAACUCUUCGACUGUUUUUCCAUGAUUGCUUUGUCCGGGGAUGUGAUGCAUCAGUGCUGCUAGCAUCACCUACCAAUAAUGCGGAGAAGGAUCAUCCUGAUAAUCUUUCGUUGGCUGGGGAUGGAUUUGACACAGUGAUCAAGGCCAAGGCUGCUGUUGACAGUGUUCCUCAAUGUAGGAACAAAGUUUCAUGUGCUGAUAUUCUAGCUCUUGCUACUAGAGAUGUCAUCAACUUGGCAGGAGGACCAUUUUACGCAGUUGAAUUGGGAAGGCGAGAUGGGAGGAUAUCAACAAAAGCUAGUGUUCAACAUAGACUCCCUGGUCCUAACUUUAACUUAGAUCAGCUAAAUUCCAUCUUUGCCUCACAUGGUCUCACCCAGACUGACAUGAUUGCACUAUCAGGUGCACACACACUUGGGUUCUCUCAUUGCAGCCGCUUCUCCAAACGUAUCUACAACUUCAGCCCUAAAAACAGGAUCGACCCAACACUGAAUAUGCAAUAUGCAUUUGAGCUGAGAAAGAUGUGCCCUGUCAAAGUUGAUCCAAGGAUUGCCAUUGACAUGGACCCAACCACACCUCAGAAAUUUGACAAUGCAUACUACAGAAAUCUCCAACAAGGAAAAGGGUUAUUCACCUCCGACCAGGUGCUGUUUACUGAUCCAAGAUCAAAGCCCACUGUCAACCAAUUUGCUUCAAACAAUUUAGCCUUUCAAAAUGCUUUUGUUGCUGCCAUUAAAAAGCUUGGCAGAGUUGGGGUCUUGACUGGAAAUCAAGGCGAAAUAAGGAAUGAUUGCACCCGUAUCAACUAGAAAGGGAAUUGCCUUUUAUAAAUAUAUAUUAUCAUAGUAGAUUCUUCAUUUUCUUGUAACUUUUUCUGUUAAUUCUUUUUUUGGGUGUUUAAGUUUAAGUUUAUGAUUUUUUUCUUGUAAUUGUUGAUGUCCAUUUUUGU